AUGCCUUCCAGGCGACCGGAAAAUAUGCUGAAUCAGUUCACGUCCUUGAGGCAGAAGUCAGAGAUUCUCUAUCAGGACACCGUGGAGAUGAUCAAUAUGUGCGAUUUGGAUUGGCCAUGGUGGGCGCCGGAAUGCUUGCAGGAUCACCUCUUCGACAUUGUCACAGACAUUUGGGCCUUUGGCUGUGUUAUCUUCGAGAUCAAUCAUGAUGGACUCGGACCGUACGCAUUCCAGAGGAAACGUCCCCAGUCGCAUAACGAGUAA